ACAAGGCCCGCGCCGCACGCCGGGCCACGUCGCGCCGUCAUCAGGCCGCGCCGCGUGGGCGUGGCCGGUGUAGCUCCCAGCGCCCGAGCCCGCGCCAUGGCCGCGGCCGCCGCCAGCCCCCCGGAGGUGAUCCGCGCGGCGCAGAAAGACGAGUAUUACCGCGGCGGGCUGCGGAGCGCGGCGGGCGGCGCGCUGCACUGCCUGGCGGGUGCGAAGAAGUGGCUGGAGUGGAGGAAAGAGAUUGAGCUGCUCUCAGACGUGGCCUACUUUGGCCUCACCACACUUGCCGGCUACCAGACCCUCGGGGAGGAAUAUGUCAGCAUCGUCCAGGUGGACCCAUCCCAGAGGCACGUGCCCUCCCAGCUCCGCCGCUGUGUGCUGGUCACUGUGCACGCCGUGCUGCCCUACCUGCUGGACAAGGCCCUGCUCCCCCUGGAGCAGGAGCUGCAGGCUGACCCCGACAGCAGGCAGCCCUCACAGGGGAGCCUGGCGCUUGGUGGGCGUGGCCGGCCUGGGGUGCGGCGCUGGGUGCGGCGCCACACGGCCACCCUGACGGAGCAGCAGAGGAGAGGGCUCCUGCGGGCCGCCUUCGUCAUCAGACAGGGCCUGGCCUGCCUCCAGCGGCUCCACGUCGCCUGGUUUUAUAUCCAUGGCGCCUUCUACCACCUGGCCAAGAGGCUCGCUGGGAUCAGCUACCUCCGCGUCCGACACCUGCCUGGAGAGGACCUGAGGGUGCGUGCGAGCUACAGGCUGCUGGGGCUGGUGUCCCUGGCACACCUGGCGCUGUCCGUGGGGCUGCAGCUGUACGGCUUCAGGCAGAGGCAGCGAGCCAGGAAGGAGUGGAGGCUGCACCGCGGCCUGUCCCACCGCAGGAGCUCCUUGGAAGAGAGAGCAGUUUCCAGAAACCCGCUGUGCACGCUGUGCCUGGAGGAGCGCAGGCACUCGACGGCCACGCCCUGCGGCCACCUCUUCUGCUGGGAGUGCAUCACCGCCUGGUGCACCACCAAGACCCUGCUAGCCACCUUGAGGCCGAGCCUGUCCGGGAAGGCGGCUGCCCAGUGCUGCGGGGCAGGGCAGAGGCUGGAGUCUUCCCACCCCCCACUGGGUACAAGGAGUUGCUCUUCAGGACGGUCACUUACUGCACAGGGUUUCAGGUUUCCCUCCCUCCCCCCAACCACACUCAUCUCAGGAGCAGACAGAAGAAAACUUUACUCACUUAGGAGAAAGCGAUGCCGACACCCAGGUGUGUCCAGGCAGCGGACAGAAUGCGCUGCCCAGCUGGGACGGGCGAGGGGAGGCGCAUUUGCUCAGCCGGUGCGUCCCACGGCAGCCCAGCCCCCACCCACCGCCCAGGAGGCUCCUGUGCACAGAGCUGUCCCCAGGGCUUCAUGUCAAGACCACGAGGCGUGGAAAGAAACAAGCCAAGGGUCGGCGUCCCUGAGGUGUUUGGCACGUACCUUUGAAUACAGGUCAAGUCUGCUUCCAGUUCUAGAGAAUGGAAAUCUGCGUCUGGGCCUUAGCACACCUGGAGGGACCUCCUGCCUGGGGGGGGCGGAGCCCCUCAAAUGGGUCCCAUUUUCUCAUCACCCGCCCCACAACUCGAUGCUGAGUGCUCCGAGGGAGGCUGCCAGGUGGGCCGUGCCCUCUCCCGGAGCCCCGGGUGGGCAGGCAGCGGGUGCACGAGGCCACUGCUGUGUCCAGCCCUCAGCUCAGCCCCAGCCCACUUCCUGCCUCUGACAUCUCCAGGUUUUCAAAACUAUUUAACUCACGCCAGAGACAGAACUUUGCUGUAGGCAUCUUUAAGAAACUAAUUCCACAGAAAUGUUGGUAUGUUAACAAGACUGAACUGAAAAAAAUCUCAUAUGGUGUGAAAAUGCCCGUCAGGAUCUGGGAACGUCAGCAGGGCUCAGGCCCAGCCAGCAGCAGUGGCUUCGGCAAGGCCUGUGCAAACCGCUUCUCAGUGUCUGACUUAGAAACAGACGCCUGUGUACUCCCCGGUUAGCCAAGGUCAGCCUGCCGGAGACAGGAGCCCCCGGAGAGGGGCUGCGGGCAAGCGGGCGGGCAGAUGCCUCCACAGCGCCCAUGAGCGUGGUCCGCGAAAGCGCAGAGCUCGGCACCACGCGGCUCCAUCCUCAGCGCCCAGUGCUUUGCUUCACACCACGCUCUAGCCAAGCGUGUGUUUCCUGCCACAUCUGAGGCCUGAGCAUUUACCAGGAAAACUGAAGUGAAAAAAAUGUCUAGAGUAACGAAAGUACCGACUUUUAACAUCACUUGAACACAACGGGUCAAGUACACAGAAGGGCUCUUACAGCCCCACAGGAGAGGAGCCCAAUUUCAGACACAAACGCCGGCAAGAGAAUCCAGACAGUGAACAGUCAGAGUCUGGAAUUGCAGGACGGGCGGGAAACAUUGCCCAGAGUGGGGAGCGUCUGGACAGCCCGAGAUCCAGAAGGAAAGACGUUUGCAUUUCCGUGUCUCUGUGCCCCCGUGACCACCGCCGUGCUGCUCGGCUACUGGCAAAAAUGGUUCACUUUUCAGGGAGGCCAGAAGGAAGGUGGGCUUUCUUGUGUGCAGCGACUGUGGCGUGAUAGAUAAAGACCACACAAGAAAGGGGACACUGUCUUUAAUAAAGGUGGAAUUUAAAAAAUCA